AUUUCCACGCACACGCGCCCGCUCACUAUCUGAGGCGUCAAGUCCGCCAGAACUUGGUCGGCGAGGGGGAAACCACGAGAGACGAACCAAAGGGAACCGGAACGUCACGAAAACCGAGCGUUGUUCCACUGAGAUGACGCGCCCCUCAGCCGUCGGGCCGGACCUACUACCACUCCUGGUUCGGGUUCUGAGCCUGGUCCUGGUUUCUGGGUACACGUUGGACGUGGAUCACGCGCUGCAGUUCACCGGCGUUCCCGCGUCCAUGUUCGGAUACUCCGUGCUGCUGCACCGACACGGGGCGCACAGCUGGUUGGUGGUGGGAGCUCCAGUGGACAACACUUCUUCUUCUUCUUCUUCAUUGUCAGCUGGCGGGAUUUACCGUUGCGCCAUCACAAAAGAUGAGCGAAAGUGUCAGCUGAUGCCGGCGGAUGUGUCGCAUUGUGGGAAGACAUGCAAGGCUGAGAGCGACCACCAGUGGUUGGGGGUCAGUCUGUCCCGACAACCCGGGAAGCACCACGGAGGCGCAGAGGGACACAUCCUGGCAUGUGCACACCGCUGGAAGAAUGUGUUCUACUCUUGGAAUGAUGGUCAGAAUAACAAACUGCCCCACGGAGUUUGUUAUCGAUAUGACAACAACCUCACACACGCACAGGCCAUCAUACCCUGCUACAGAGACCACCAGAGGAAGUUUGGUGAGGAGUACGGCUCCUGUCAGGCUGGAAUGUCAAACCAACUCACUCAGGACCUGAUCAUCAUGGGUGCUCCCGGGACAUCGUACUGGACCGGUUCCGUCCUGGUCUUCAACACAUCCAGCAGUGUGAUGUCCGUCUACCUGGACGACGACGGGUCGGUAGGCUUUGGAAGCUACCUGGGCUACUCAGUGGAUGCAGGUCAUUUCCUGGAUGCUACUAGCAUGGAGGUGGUGGGAGGUGCCCCACAGUACAACCAGAGGGGAAAAGUGUUUAUCUUCUCGGUGGAUGGCAAUAUGCUACGUGUGCAAGCGGAAGUGUCAGGGACAGAGCUGGGCUCAUACUUUGGCUCUAGCAUCCGCACAGUAGACCUGAACGGUGAUGGUUUAUCAGAUCUCUUAGUGGGUGCUCCAAUGGCAACAGGCGCAAGUAGAGAGGAAGGCCGUGUCCACGUCUACCUCAAUCAGGGACAGGCUAAGCUAGUGGAGACGGAGUUUCAGCUGAGUGGGGGCAAUGCCCAUGCCGCACGUUUUGGGGAGACCAUCUCAGACUUGGGAGACCUGGAUGACGACGGCUACCCUGAGGUGGCAGUGGGUGCCCCACAGGAAGACGAUCUAAAAGGGGCCGUUUACAUCUACAACGGCAGGAAACAUGGCAUCACUCAAACGCCAUCACAGAGGAUCAGUGGGGCGGUGCUGGGUCGUGACCUCUUGAUGUUCGGCCAGUCACUGAGCUCGGGUGUGGAUGUUGACGACAAUGGUUACCAAGACGUUGCCGUGGGUGCGUUCCUCUCGGAUGCUGCCAUUGUUCUCAGGUCUCGUCCUGUUCUGCGGGUGGCGGUCUUGCUCACCCUGCCCGAGAAGAUACAGCAGCAGGCGGCGAGCAUCAACGUCAGUGUCUGCUUCAGAGUCACCUCCAGACAGUACAAAGGAGUUAUAGAUCUUCAGUACAACCUGACAUCCGACCUCCUCCACCAGCCAUCCUUCCCACAUCGCUUCUAUUUCCACGGCAACGGCUCAUCCAAUAGCACGAAAGCUCGGGUGAAGAUGCGGCUCGGCCAACUCAGCUGCACCAAUCACGUCGCGUACCAGAGGAAGGACGUUCGGGACAUUUUCACGCCGGUCCGUUUUGAAGUAUCCUACAGCCUACGAGAGACAAACGCUCACAAACACGCUGGCAAACACUUCCCACCACUGAGGCCUGUCCUGCAGAGGGCGGCUGGGAGCCGCAAUACUGUCAGCAACGAGACGCUGUUCGCUCGCUCGUGCUUUCUGCCCAACUGUUCUACAGACCUGCAACUCAGUGCCACGCUCAUACUUCCGCAGAACGGUCAGUACUUGGCACUGGGCGCUGGUCCCAGCCUGAUGUUGAACACGUCUCUGUUGGUGGCUGGAGACGAUGCCUUCCUGCCACGUCUGACGCUUCGUUUCCACCAAAACAUCCACUAUAUCAAAGUACUCAACAAUGAGGACAAGGUUGUGAGUUGCGAUGUCACACAGGAAGUGAACGGCACAGCGGUCGAAGUGAGCUGCGGCUUUUCCCAACUCAUCCUGGCAUCUCACUCCCUGGUGAACAUUAGCUUCCUGUUGGAUGUCAACCAGAACGCCACACCUGGUGACCUCAUCAUUCACGCUAACACGAACAGUAACAACCUGGAAAGCUCCGAAUAUCUCCACGACAACGCCGUCGCCUUGUUACUUCCUCUCAAAUAUGGCGUCGACGUCCACAUCCAUGGUUUUGUGACACCGACUUCAUUUAUGUUUGGAGAUGAAGACACGACACAGGUCCAAUGUUAUUCACAAACCUUGAACUACACCUACAAGGUGUUGAAUUCAGGUCCUAGCAGGUCAGUGGAUACGGUGGUGGAAAUUACAUUACCGAAGCUGUUGACUCCGUUUCCUCACAGGUUGCUGCAGGUCGUGGACUGGCAGUCGUCACAAGGCGCCUGUGUGAUCAGAAACAAUACUGCUCCCGUCAUCGACGACUGCGAUGUCCCACGGGCUUCCUUCAUCAAACAAAUGGUCUUCUUCUUCUCCUCCACCUCCACGCGCACCAUGUUCUGUGGGCGCGGUGACCAGCUGUGCGAGCGUCUGCUAUGCCACCUGGGCAACGUAGAGGCCGGUCGAGAUGCCACCAUACAGCUGGAAGUCCGACUAAACCCCGACGUUCUGCUGCAAGCGCCCGGUCGCCAUAGUGUGGUGAAGCUGGAAAGCGGGGUGGUGAUGUCAUCGCCAAAGAACGACCAUCACACCAUCCUGGACCGAGGGCAACCCACCGCACAGGUCCUGGCGGAAGCUCACUUCACCCAAAAACCUUCCACGCCAAUCAAAGUGUUCAUCAUCGUGGUCAGUUUGGUUCUGGGUCUGAUGAUCCUGGCGGCACUCAUCUGGUGCUUGUGGAAGGCGGGUUUCUUCAAGAGGGACUUGCAGAAGAAGAAAGCGGAAGAGGAGUUUAACCGUGACAGCUGGGACUACGUACCCAAGCGUAACAACAGGGAGAGCACAUCCUAACAACGCCGCAUCCUUGGCAGACAUUCAUUUGACAAGCAUGCUGAGGGCCAAUUGGUCCAGCGCGACAGGAAAUGCUGACGCCUGAGGCCAGUGCAGAUGGGACGUCUUGCGAAACGAAGGAGAGAGAUGGACCAAGAAACAAGGCUUUUGAUGUCUUCAGUCAUGUGACUUUCAAGUUUUCAGGUCAACUGCUGAGAGACGCUUUCUUGUUUGGCGUGUGAGACUUCCUGCUGAGUGACACUUCCUGGAUAGAGUCCACCACUUCCUGCUGCAAUUACACUGAUUCCUGCUAAAUAUACUGCUUGGUGUACAACACUUCCUCUCUGGUGUGGAAAAACAUUCUGCUUGGCAAAAAAAAAAAAAAAAAUCCUGCUACGCUUCCUUCAAGCUCAUCACUUCCUUCUUGGCAAUCAGAAUAUGAAGAUUUUUGCCAGGGCAGCCAACCGACACGACUAUGCGGCGGCCAUGUUUGCAAGGUCGACGUUCCCAUCAAUUCCCUUGUUAUGAGUGGUUUGCGCCACAUUGUCCUGGCAUCUUUGCUCUUUUGAUUUUCUUCACAUCCACACACAUGGAACGUGCUAACAACUUUGACCUCUCUAGCUUAGCGUAGCCAUAAGCACGCAGCUCCAAAGGGGUGCGUCGUACUACCUAGUCAUUUCUGUUCAACGCUUGCUGCAACGCAUCUUGCCUAGUUUUCCGAGAAUAAGUCAGUUAAAAGCACUGUCAACAUUUUCUCCCAUCUUGUUUCUUGGCUUUAUUUUGAUAUUUUUUCCCCCCUGAAAACCAUAACUACCUGCUGCCUACAAUGUUUUUUUUUUUUUAAUUUAAAUGUGAGAACUAUCUUGUGAUGCAUUGAGGCUGCUUCCUGUCAUUUGCAAUUUACAUCAAACAUUUUAAAAAAGGUAAAAAAAAAAAAAAAAAACACCAAAAAGCCAAGACUUAUUUUCUGUUGAUAAGUCAUAUUUUGUUCCUGCCAACUUGUGCACUGGAGAGUCUUGGUCAUGUUUUUAAUAAAGUAUUUUCUAUUUAAAAGUGCCUCUUUUCCCUACCAAUUUAAGAGUUCCCAUGUGUCGUAACAACAUGUCAGUAGUAUGUGUUUGUAAAAAUGAUCCACAUUUAUAAAAUUCUUCACAAGAUAUUAAUAUACACUAUAUGUUUCAUUUGGCUUGUCCUGCUUAGAGAAUGAUGGCAGGGAGGUGUUUUUUUUUUUUUUAUGUUGAUUAACCGGACUGUGACGACGACAGACAAAAUUGAAAAGGAUACAUUGAGUUUUCAAUCAUAAACACAAAAGUUCUGUUG